UUUUUAAUUUAAUUGUUACUCAGAAAGAAAAAUAUGCUAAAUACAUAAAUGUUUUUUUUUCCAUUACAUAUUUACAUAACCUGCCUUACAUAUACUUAUGUCCCGUAAACGAUGGUUUGAUAUCUUUUGGAAAAGUAAAGAUAAUGAAGAAAAUAAUAGCCGCGACAGAUACUGUCAAGGAAUACAUCGAAGAGCAUCCACUGAGAAUUCUCAACAGUCUGCUAUAACAACUUCGACUUUAUCUCAUACUGAAUCAACAGCUGUCAAAUUAAAGAAAAUAACAAAUGGGGGACGCCGAAUAUUUAUCAAUUUACCCCUUUCUACCUUUUAUAAUAAUGCAACAGCAACUGAAAAGAAAAGAAAUUUUGCAACCAACAAAAUUAGAACUUCGAAAUAUACCUUACUUUCUUUUAUUCCAAAGAACUUAUUUGAACAAUUUCGUAGACCUGCAAACAUGUAUUUUUUAGCAAUGGCUAUUAUACAAAUGUUACCUCAAUUUGGAGUCAAAUCACCAGCAUUAACUCUUUUACCUAUCUGUUUUGUCGUAUUUGUUACUGCAGUGAAAGAUGGCUUUGAGGAUUUUCAACGUCAUAAGGUAGACAAACAGUAUAAUCAAAAUAUUACGCAUACCUUAAGGGGUUAUCAUAAUACAAAUUUUCCUUAUCAAGAUUCAUCUUCUUCUUCAGCAAGCGGUAAAUUCUUGACUAAUAUUACUACUACUACUUGGCUAUCUGCUAUUUUAUAUCAUCUUUCCUUUUUUAAAAAGGUUCCAGCUACAGGAGAAAGUGAAAAUGUUCAUGAUGAUGGAAAUCAACAAAACUUGCCUUCCCAUGCUGAGGAUGUAUUUGAAAGAUCACUUUCCAAGGAUAUACGUGUAGGAGAUUUCAUUCUGUUACGUAAUGGUGAUAGUCUACCAGCGGAUGCAGUACUUUUAUCUACAUCAGAUAAAGAAGGGAUAUGUUAUGUUGAGACAAAGGAUUUGGACGGCGAAAUUAAUUUAAAACCUCGAAAGAGUAUACGAGAGUUAAGUUAUAUUCAAUCUGGAGCAGAUUGUUUAAAUGAUUGUCAUUUCUAUCUUGAAGCAGGUGCUCCCUCUCCGGACUUGUAUCAUUUUGAGGGAACCCUCGUGAGGCUAGAAAGGGAUGGAUCAUUAGUAGAUAAAUGGAUAGAGAAAAGUAGGACCCCAGUUGGAAUUGAGAAUAUAUUACUUCGAGGACAUGUGGUGAAGAAUACAAAGUGGGCUAUUGCUGUUGUACUUUUUACAGGCGUAGAUAGUAAGAUUAUGCUAAAUUCAGGUGAAACACCUAGUAAAAGGAGUAGAGUAGAUAAACAAAUGAAUCAAGAGAUUUUUAUAGCAUUUCUUGUACUUUUUAUAUUAUGUUUAAUAUGUGCUAUUAUGGCUGGUGUUAAGAGAAGUUAUUUUAUGUCAAAUACUUCAUCAUCUCUCUUUGCAGUCCAAUCUGGGUCACCAGCUUAUGUAGGGUUUAUGAAUUUUUGGUCUAGUUUAAUUAUUUUUCAAAAUAUUAUACCCAUUUCUCUUUAUGUAUCUAUCGAAUUUGUGAAAACUUUUCAGGCAUUUUUUAUUUGGAAUGAUUUAGAUAUGUGGGAUGAAUCAUCACAGAAAUCAUGCGUACCAAAGACAUGGAUAUUAUCAGAUGACCUUGGACAGGUGGAAUAUAUUUUUUCUGAUAAAACAGGGACUCUAACUAGAAAUAUUAUGGAAUUUAGAGAAUGCACGAUUGGAGGUGUCAGAUACGGCAAUAAUGGAUUUGCACCCGAAUCUGAAGGCGCUCGUGGUGCCCGUAUUCGAAAAGAGAAAGAGAAAAAGAGCAAUCAUAAUGAAACGAAUACUAGCAGCCAUGUUGGACACGAUCUAGAGGAGCAGCGUGAAGCUGUAAUGAAGGAAUCGACAGAAAAUCACUUGCCAUUAUUGGAUGUUGAUGAAGAUCCUCUUAAAGAUAAUGAUGAAAAGAAAGCAAACAAAGAAAAUAAAGAUAAACGAUUAGAAAUUAUGAAAGAUUAUGAAGCAACUAUGAAAAACCUAUUUCAACCAACUUAUUCUUCAUUGAACCCUAAUAGACUUUCAUUCGCAGAUCCACAAUUAUUCAAAGAUAUUGAAUCUUCAGAACCGGACAAAGAACUGGACAAACAAUCUGCUAAAAUUAAAGAAUUUUUCAUGUUAUUAGCAUUAUGUCAUACAGUAAUGGUAGAAAGGAUUGGAGAAGAUGGUAAAGUUAUCGAAGAAGAAGAAGAAGAAGAUGAUGAUGAUGAUGAUAAGAAAAUGACUAAACAAGAACCAAAAAUCAGUGAGAAUAUGGCUAACGGAAGUUAUAACAAAUUGAAAAAUACAAUCGUUAGUGACAUAAAAGAUGCAAAAGCAUCGGAUGAAAAUGCAGCAACUGAAAAAAUGGAAACAAGUAAUUACAAAUCACAUACAGGGAGCACGAGUAAACUUCUUUCACAAGUCCCAGGUAUUCGCCAUUUAAAAAAGUCUUCUGAUACUGAAGCUACUAAUAAAAGGGGUGAUUUAAGACGUAAAAAGAGUCGAGGUGAAGAAUUCAAUUCAAUUACAGACGAGAAGCAAAAAUCGGAUCAAACGGAUGAUACAGUACGGAUACAACUUAACUAUAAAGCUGAAUCACCAGAUGAGGCUGCCUUAGUGAAUGCAGCCAAAAAUGCUGGGUUUGUCUUUCUUCAACGAAAGGGGGAAACAGUGACGGCAGAUAUUGUUGGUAAAGAAUAUCAAUUUGAACUACUAAAUGUGCUAGAAUUUAAUUCAGACAGAAAACGGAUGAGUGUGAUUUUGCGUCGGCCUGAACCAUGGAAUGAUAUCAUAUUGUACUGUAAAGGCGCGGAUAAUGUGAUAUCUGAAAGAUUAGACAAGAGUAAGCAAGAGAAGGAUGUAAUUAAUCAAACUUUUUCUCAUGUGAAUGAGUACUCUGAAUGUGGUCUUCGUACUUUACUUGCAAGUUAUCGCCUUUUAGAAGAGGAUGAGUAUAAAAACUGGAAGUCAGAAUAUGAUGAAGCAAGUACUGCUUAUGAAAAUCGUUCAGAUAAGAUUGCUGAGGUACAAGAGAAAAUCGAGGUUAAUCUUAGACUACUUGGAGCAACUGGUAUAGAGGAUAAACUUCAAGAAGGUGUACCUAAAUGUAUUGAAGAUCUUCGAAAUGCAGGUAUCAAAAUUUGGGUUUUAACUGGUGAUAAAUUAGAAACUGCUAUAAACAUUGGAUACGCAAGUAACUUGUUAGAUGCCAAUAUGAAACUAUGGGUCAUUCAUGGUAGUGAUAGCCCAGAGAAGGUAUUUCAAACCUUAACUGACACAUUGGAAAAAUUAGACAAUAGACAUGAAAUAGAUGAUUCAAUCAUACAAGAAAAUGCACUUAUCAUUGAAGGGUCAUCAUUAGCUCAUAUAUUAAAGUCAUCAGAUUUAAAAAUAAAGCUCUUACAAAUUGCUACUCAUUGCAAAAGUGUUAUAUGUUGCCGAGUUAGUCCACUUCAAAAGGCAUUAGUUGUUCAACUUGUUCGUAAACAUCAUGAUACUGUUACGCUUGCUGUUGGUGAUGGUGCGAAUGAUGUAAGUAUGAUUCAAGCUGCAAAUGUAGGAGUUGGAAUAGCAGGUCAGGAAGGUGUACAGGCUUCUAUGGCUGCUGAUUAUGCCAUUUCACAGUUUCGAUUUCUUCAUAAGCUAUUAUUAGUUCAAGGUCACUGGAGUUAUUCUCGUAUUUCAGAGAUGAUAUUAACUUUCUUUUUUAAGAAUGUCUUUUGGGUAUUUCCAUCAUUAUGGUAUCAAAUAUACAGUGCGUGGUCUGGCAAUAUCUUUUAUGAUUAUUCAUUCUUGCAACUUUAUAAUAUUGUGUUUACAGUUGCACCUGUAGUUAUUCUUGGUGCAACCGAUCAAGAUCUUACUUCACCUUAUCUAAAGCAUUUAACAAGUAUUUAUUCAAUUCGAGGAAAAUUAUAUACAAAGUUUAGGUUUUGGCUGUAUUUUUUAGAUGGAGUUUGGCAAUCCGUCAUUGUAUUCUAUGCUUUCUAUUUAUUGUAUAUUAAUGGAAAUCCUAAUUCAAAUGGCUAUUCAGAGUCUAUGUUACAACUAUCUACAUCUGUUGCAGUCACUGCUAUAACAUUAGCCAACAUCAUGCCAGGUUUUAAUACUUACUAUUGGACAUGGUGGCAAUUUACUUUUAUUGGACUUGAAUUACUGGUCACAUUUUUAUGGGUCGUAAUUUAUGGAGCAUUCCCUUCUGUUUCACUUUGGGGCAUGGCUAAUAUGGUCUUUGGUCAGGGUUCAUUUUGGUUGACUUAUUUAUUAGUUAUUAUAUUUGCAUUUUUACCGCGUUAUACAAUUACCUUUAUUUAUCAGUGGUGGUAUCCUAAUGUUAUUGCAAAGGGUCGCCAAUUUGAGCUUUAUGACAAGCGCAUAAAGAAAAAAGAGAGGUAAUAUAUAUAUAUAUACAUGUAUAAUCGAUAUUUUUUUUUUCUUGUAAAUAAUUGUAUAAAAGGGUAAAAGAGUUAUAAUCAUCUUUUAUUUCAGUAAUAAAAAUUUUUUUUGUUGCAUAUAUUGUAAUUGACAAUAUAAAACUAAGGAAA